CGGUUUGUGUGUCGGGUACGUUCGACGCUCCAAAGUGUUGUGCUAUGCCUGAAAGAUGGCCGAGUGUGCUUCUCUAUCCUGACAUUCUAAUAUGGCUACGCUAGGCCUAUCCAAAGUAUUCAUCUUGGACAAGUACUUCACGGAACUGCAGAAGUUCUGGGAGACGGAGAAAAAGCUACAAGAUGCAUCUUCUUCGAAUGAGGCGGUCCACUUGCAGCAGCGUUUGCGCAGCCUGAGCACCGAACUAGUGACGCUCAGGAACCGACUCCAUGUCCAAGGAUCGACUCAGACCGCCCUGAAGGGUGGAACGAAUGGGGGCGCGCCGCCCGUCGUCACGGCUGCGGCACCACUGCCGCCGACCGUCACCGGUACACCGGUCACGCAGCCGGCAGUGCCGCCUCGAGUCGUUCACACCGUACCUACGCCGCUGGUGGCCGUCAGCCAGCAACAGCAGCACCAGCAGCAACAGCAGCAACAGCAGCAGCAGCAGCAACGGGCGCAGCAAAUAGCAUCGUCGCAGGCGGGUGCCGCCUUGGAGGACCUCAUACAUCUGCAGGGCCCGCUCACAGAAGACGCUGUUACGAAAUGCCUCCAGGCCAGAUUCGCCGCUUCCAACUUCUAUACGAACGUGGGUCCAAUAUUAUUGUGCGUGAAUCCUUAUCGGGACGUCGGAAAUCCCUUGACCCUCAGCAGUACCAGAGGUUUAGUAUUAAGCCCGCAGUUGAAUAGGGUUGUGCAGGAAGCCGUCCGGCAACAGUCCGAAACAGGAUAUCCUCAAGCUAUUAUUUUAUCAGGUACGAGCGGGUCUGGCAAAAGUCAUGCCUCCAUGUUACUUCUAAGACAGUUAUUUGCUGUUGCUGGCGGUGGACCAGAGACUGACGCUUUUAAACAUUUAGCCGCCGCCUUCACAGUACUACGUUCCUUAGGCUCAGCCAAAACGACUACUAACUCCGAAUCGAGUAGAAUUGGACAAUUUAUAGAGGUCCAAGUGACUGAUGGUGCUUUGUACAGAACCAAAAUCCAUUGUUAUUUUCUAGACCAAACUAGAGUGAUCCGACCCCUACAGGGUGAAAAAAAUUACCAUAUAUUUUACCAAAUGUUAGCCGGCUUGUCCAACGAGGAACGGACGAAACUGAACCUCGAGGGUCACAAACCGUCUACAUUAAAAUACCUACAAAACGGUGACACGCGACAAAACCUCAGCGAAGACGCAUCCAGAUUCCAAGCAUGGAAAACUUGCCUGGGCAUCCUCGGGAUCCCGUUCCUGGACGUCGUCCGCGUGUUGGCCGCCGUACUAUUAUUAGGAAACGUGCAAUUCAUGGACGGCAAAGGUCUGGAAGUCGACGUCAAGGGCGAGGCGGAGUUGAACGCCGUCGCCGGGCUCCUCGGCGUUUCCGGAGCCUCCCUGUUCAGAGGUCUCACAUCCCGUACUCACAAUGCCAGAGGCCAGCUCGUUAAAUCUGUAUGUGAUGCAAACAUGUCCAACAUGACCCGAGACUGCCUAGCAAAAGCUUUAUAUUGCCGUACUGUAGCUACCAUAGUUCGUAGAGCUAAUAGCCUUAAACGUUUAGGAUCGACUUUAGGUACCUUAAGUUCCGACUCCAACGAGUCCGUGCACAAUCAAGCUGAAGUUACUAGUCAGCACGCGUCCACAAUUGGUGGAAGCACGAAUGCUGGCAGCAAAUCGAUGGCGGCGCUGAACAACGCAGUAAGACAUGCGACUGACGGUUUCAUAGGAAUACUGGAUAUGUUCGGAUUCGAGGACCCCAAGCCCAGCCAGCUCGAGCACCUAUGCAUUAAUUUGUGCGCCGAAACGAUGCAGCACUUCUACAACACUCACAUAUUCAAGUCCAGUAUAGAGUCAUGCAGAGAUGAAGGAAUAAAUUGCGAGGUUGAAGUAGAUUACGUCGACAACGUGCCUUGCAUCGAUUUGGUCUCCUCCCUCAGAACAGGACUGCUGAGUAUGUUGGAUGUUGAAUGCUCGAUACGGGGUACGGCCGAGUCGUACGUGUCCAAGAUAAAAGUGCAACAUAAGAAUAACUCACGACUAUUCGAUCCGAAACCUCUAGAUCCUAGGAUGUUCGGUAUUCAACACUUUGCAGGUAAAGUUAUCUACAACGCUACGGAUUUCCUGGACACCAACAAGGACGUGGUACCCGACGACCUAGUUGCCGUGUUCUAUAAACAUACAUGCAACUUUGGUUUUGCGACGCAUUUGUUCGGAAGCGAAUUGAAGGCGUUGUAUUCCAUUGAAAACGUACCAAGAGGAGUUAGUUUUAGAAUUUCGCCAACUUCUCACACCGACCUACUGAAUGGCGACGAGCCCGUUUCGACAUUAACCCAAGACUUUCACACCAGACUCGAUAAUUUACUGAGAACUUUGGUACAUGCCAGGCCGCAUUUCGUUAGGUGCAUAUGCAGUAAUUUGAACGAGGCUCCAAACAGAUUUGAUAGGAACGUGGUUGUGCGUCAGAUUCGUUCUCUCCAAGUCCUCGAAACUGUAAAUCUUAUGGCUGGUGGAUAUCCUCACAGGAUGCGUUUUAAAGCGUUUAACGCUAGAUACAGACUAUUGGCGCCGUUUGCUAGAUUGCACAGGACCGAAGAAAAAGUCACAGACGAUUGUAACCUGAUCCUACAACAUGUUGUUGAUGUAAUCAUAAAACAACACAGUCUGGUAUCAACAAGCUGGGCUCUGGGAAAGCGUCACAUUUUCCUUAGCGAAGGUAUCAGACAACAUUUGGAACGUCUUCGUUCAGAAAGACGUCAGAGAGCGGCGACAUUAAUCCAGUCAACUUGGAGAGGUUGGCGUUGCAGAUACAGAUGGUCUACGUUGAGGCGAGAGAAAGAAAUCAAAGCAGUGACAAAUCCUACACCCGCUACCAGAAACGUACUAUGUGGCACACGUCCUCGUCCACAACCAAUAGCCGGAACACCGCCUCCAGAUCCAAAUGAAAAAUGUGAUGCGAAAAUCAUACAACAAACCUGCAAUUUGUUCGGCUUGGACUUAGAGCGUCCUCCUCCAGUGCCUCCUAGUAGAUCAUACACAGUUGCAGGGAAUACAAAACUGGGUUAUCCACAGACUAGAGUCAUGAAAAUGUCAUAUCCAGAGGAUAGUGGUACAGAAGGUCCCGUUUUACCUAAAGGAGAGACGGUUUUGGUUGUGGGGGCAUCUCACAGACGCGGCCAUCUUAUUGUUGAACACAAACAUUGCACCCUUCAUGUUCCCUUCCAGUACUUGGAGUUAAAACAAAGUGUAAAUAUUUAAGCUUGCCAUUUAGAAUAGAUCUUUCCGAGCAUAUUAUAUGUAUAUUUUAUUUUAAUAACUUAUUUUUAUUGAAUAAUGCCAUAUUAUUUUUUUACUUUAUAUUAAAUAUACAAUUUUUAUACAAAA